AUUAUGGGACUGUCGAACUCCAACUGUAGAAAUUAGAACAUGAACAUUGUUUAGUUUAUGUUUUUGCUGAUUAAGUUCAAAUAAGGUAGGAUUGUUUGUAUAAGGAUAACUGAACUGAUCGUGUUUUUGUAUCAAAAAAAUAUCAAUUUAGAACAAUCUUAAAAGAAGUUUGGUUUUAGUAAUUUAACUGUUGGCUAAUUAAAGAUGUCUCUUACUACAAACGUGCCUGAGUUAACAGAAAAAAUAGGAUUUAUAGGAGGAGGAAAGAUGGCCAAAGCAAUUUGUGAAGGAAUUGUCAAUAAAGGACUAGUUUCAUAUCAGCAAGUGUAUGUAUCUAGUACCGUUCUUGAAAACUUAUCUUGGUGGAAAGAAAAAGGUUGCUACGUAUUUCAAGAAAUUCGUUUUGUGACGCCGAAUGUAGAUGUAAUUUUCAUUUGUGUGAAACCAGAGUUUGAAUUUGUUUUGAACCAAAUAUACAAUAUACCUGCUUGUCGUGAACUAUUUGCACCGAAGUUAUAUCUUUCAUUUAUGGCUGGUAUCUCUUUAAACUGGUUGGAUAACAAGCUUAAUACGUCAAAACGUGAGAGAAUUGUUAGAAUUAUGACAAAUACACCCAUGACAGUGGGGGAAGGUUGUUCUUUAUUUAGUGGAAAAGGCGCCACCAAAGAUGAUAUGAAACUUGUCAAUAAACUCCUGUCUGCUACAGGAACUUGUAAACAAGUACCAGAGUAUAUCUUAAAUGCUGCUGAAGCUUUAAUUGCCAGUGGACCAGCCUUUAUAUACAUGGCCAUAGAAGCUUUGGCUGAUGGAGCUGUAAAAAUGGGAGUUCCUAUGGAUCUAGCUACUGAAUUAGCAGCUCAGAUGACUUUGGGGGCUGCAAAAAUUGCACGGGAUUCCGGGAAGCACACAGGACAACUUAAAGGUGAGGUGUGUUUUCCAGGAGGGACGACUAUACAAGGAGUACAUGCUUUAGAAAGGGGAGGUAUGAGGGCAGCUUUUAUAGAUGCUGUAGAAUGUGCUUCUAAACGAGCUGAUCAAUUAAGGAGAUAAUAAAGUCAUUCUUUUAAAGUACUAGCACACUUUAGAAGACCAAAAAUAAUCAUUUUUUUCAAGAAUUUUUUUCUCAGAAGAUUUAUUAAAAAUGAGCAUAAAACUUUUUACAUAUUAAUAUCUAACUCUUAGAGAUUACAAAAAAUAGAUCUUUUUUCCAUUAUACACCUACACUAAUAUUGUAGAGGGCGUAAAAGUUGAGGCCUCGAAAAAUGAUGGCGGACAGUUAAUCUCAGGAUUGGGAUAUCUGAAACAAAAAAAUCGUACGGCAUUUGAAAAAAGGUUUCUUACGUUACAAUUUACCACAAUUUGACCAAAAAAUAAAUAUUUUUUAACCAUUAAAAACUGAAGAAAAACGGGUGAUUACCACUAACGGUGGUAAAUUGUCACGUAAGAAACCUUCCUUUUUCAAAUGCCGUACGAUAUUUUUGUUUCAGAGAUCCCAAUCCUGAGAUUAACUGUCCGCCAUCGGAACUAUUUUUUUUUUCGAGGCCUUGACUUUGGCGCCCUCUACUUCUACAAUAUUAGUGUGUGUGCAUAAAUGAAAAAAGAUAUGUUUUUUGUAUUUUCUAAGAAUUAGAUAUUAUUAUGUAAAAAGUUUUAUGUUCAUUUUUAAUAAAGGUUCUGAGAAAAAAAAUCUUGAUAAAAUGCCUAUUUUUGGUCUUCUAUCUAAAGUGUACUAGUACCUUAAAACAGCCAUAGUAAUUUUAAGUAAUUUAGUUCUUCAAACUAAUCAUGACACUCAAGUAUUUUGAGACUUUGUUCACUGCACUUUUUACUAUACCAAUAUACUCUUGGGAAUUGGUGAUGAUAAAGAGGACAUUGUAUAGUUGAUUUUUACGUAGCUACCUACAUAUUUUUUCAUGGUCAACAUAAAAAGCAAUUAACAUUAAUAAAAGUUAUGUUCUAGUA